UUACUUAGCUCCUUGAAGAUGGCCCAAUAUGACGAAAUUGGAAAUGUAAACAUCUGGUGGUUCCCCCAGGACUUUUGCCAAUCCCGCUUUGGUGACUACCGUAAGAGCGGCACCAAUUCUUGCACCCUGAUCUCUUUAAUACUUGCCGAUAAGGUGUCCAAGAUGCCAAGCCUCAGCCAGAACGUGAAGGAGCUACCAGAAAAGGCCUGGGAUCUCAUUGGCGAAUCGAUAAAUGAGGGAAACAUUGUCUAUCAUGAUCUAAUUUCGCCUAAUCUCAAUAUUAAUAUACCGGAUGCUAUUGCAGCUAUACGCUCUCAUCAAAAGAUCAACUUCCGCCUCGAGGAAUGGUUCUUCACCCAGGUGGGCUCCGAUCCGCUUAGCCCAAUGAUUGUCGGUGUUGAGUUGUCACGCAUUUUCACCACUACUCUGGAUGCCUUCAAGAACGUUGACGGCAGGGAUAUGCCGUCCCAUCUAUUUGCUGCCAUCGUCGCUGAUCGCCGCACCGUCAUAGUGAGCAUCGACCUGCGUACCUCAAUCGCAUUCAUUGUCGAUUCGCAUCACCAUGGCAAUAAUGCUGGCGCCCUCUUUGCCCAGAGCGACAUACACUAUAUAAGCGAUUUAAUGUUCUGGUUCAUCAGCAUGCUGGAUCAUAUCUUUUCCAGUCAUCCGGUUAUCUUUGAAAUAUCCUUUCUAUGUGCUCUACCAAAUGUAGCACUUCUAAUUCCUCCAGCUGUUAAGAAACACGCCAAUAAUAUUUACAAAUACAAGAAGAAAUCAUCGAAGACAGCGUAGCUCUUCCUUGAGUCAUAUUGUUAAUUUCACUGUAAACUAAUUUCCUAUCGAAUAUGAAGACCAACCCAUAUAUGUAUAUGAAAC